UCAGGAUUCUCCCCGGAUUACUUUUUUGUUUGAGGACAGAGGAGGACAGCGCGUCCUCCCUGCCGGUGUGUUUAUGCCGCAGCUGGCUGCAGAUGUGCCUGUGCAGAGGAAGUUUGGACCUAAGGAGAGCACUUGUCAGGACUGCUUGGGGGGUCGCCACCUCCUGAACCCUGAGGGUCGUCGCUUUUCCUCAUCAGGCCUCCAAAAGCCGCCCGUGCAUCUCCCGCUCUGGCAUGACUUGGACACAAUGUCAGAUUCUAGUCUGUGGACGGUACUGUCCAACUUUAACAUGCCACAUUUCUUCAGCGGAGCUCGCCUGCGCCGGUCCAAAAGCUGCAGGACGAGCAACAGAAAAAGCCUGAUAGGAAGCGGUCAGUCUUCAGGUUUACCACGACCUCACUCCCCUCUCUCCUCCCUGACAGGAACAAGCCCACAGGACAGUCCUAGAAAUUUCUCUCCUAGUGCCUCUGCUCAUUUCUCCUUUGCACGAAGGACUGAUGGUCGCCGCUGGUCGUUGGCCUCUCUUCCCUCCUCCGGAUAUGGAACCAACACACCCAGCUCCACCGUCUCUUCAUCCUGUUCAUCACAGGAGAAGCUGCACCAGCUGCCCUUCCAGCCUACGCCUGACGAACUGCACUUCCUCUCCAAGCACUUCUGCACUGAGAGCAUCUCCGGGGAUGAAUGCCGCAGAGCGACGGCCAUGCGACCCCGCUCACGCAGUCUCAGCCCUGGAAGAUCCCCUUCGUGUUACGACCAUGAGAUUAUCAUGAUGAAUCACGUCUACAAGGAGCGGUUUCCUAAGGCCACGGCUCAGAUGGAGGAAAGGAUUCAGGAGAUCAUCCGCAGCAGCUCUCCGGAGAGCGUCCUCCCUUUGGCAGAUGGUGUGCUCGGCUUUGCCCACCACCAGAUAAUUGAACUGGCCCGUGACUGUCUGGAAAAGAGCCGGUUAGGACUCAUCACCUCCAGCUACUUCUGCGAGCUCACUGACAAACUGGAGAGACUUGUUCAGGAGUCCACAGAGCGGUCAGAGAGCGAGGAGGUGAACUUCAUCAGAGAGCUGGUGAAGAAGAUCCUCAUAGUGAUAGCCCGACCUGCUCGACUGCUGGAAUGUCUGGAAUUUGACCCAGAGGAAUUUUACCACCUUCUGGAGGCUGCAGAAGGACACGCUAAAGAGGGCCAAGGCAUCAAAACGGACAUCCCUCGUUACAUCAUCAGCCAGCUGGGACUCACACGAGACCCUCUGGAAGAAAUUGCUCAGCUGACCAGCUGUGACAGUGGGAUUGCAGAAACCCCUGAAACGGAUGACUCUUCUCAGAGCCUCAGCACAGCUUUGCGGUCCCGGCGGAAACCCUGUGAAUUAGACUUUGAGAUGACAAAGCUAAUCAGCAACGGGGCCUAUGGAGCUGUGUAUCUGGUUCGGCACAAAGAAACUAAGCAGCGGUUCGCCAUGAAAAAGAUCAACAAGCAGAAUCUGAUGUUGAGGAAUCAGAUACAACAGGCCUUUGUGGAGAGAGACAUCCUCACCUUUGCUGAGAACCCUUUUGUGGUGUCCAUGUACUGCUCCUUUGAGACACGGCGGCACCUAUGCAUGGUGAUGGAGUAUGUCGAAGGAGGAGACUGUGCCACCCUUUUGAAGAACAUGGGUCCACUUCCUGUAGAUAUGGCCAGGAUGUACUUUGCAGAGACAGUACUGGCUCUGGAGUAUCUCCACAACUACGGCAUCGUCCACCGGGAUCUCAAACCUGACAAUCUGCUGGUGACCUCAAUGGGACACAUUAAGCUGACAGAUUUUGGCCUCUCCAAAGUCGGGCUGAUGAACAUGACCACUAACCUGUACGAGGGACACAUAGAGAAAGAUGCCAGGGAGUUCUCUGACAAGCAGGUAUGUGGAACCCCAGAGUAUAUUGCUCCAGAGGUGAUCCUGAGACAAGGCUAUGGGAAGCCGGUGGACUGGUGGGCUAUGGGCAUCAUCCUCUACGAGUUCCUUGUGGGCUGUGUGCCUUUUUUUGGAGACACACCAGAGGAGCUGUUUGGACAGGUCAUCAGCGAUGAGAUCAACUGGCCUGACGGAGAAGACGCUCCGCCUCCCGACGCUCAGGAGCUCAUCACCUUGCUGCUCCGACAGAAUCCUCUGGAAAGGAUGGGAGCAGGCGGAGCAGCUGAAGUGAAGCAGCAUCCGUUUUUCCACAACCUGGACUGGAACGGCCUGCUGAGGCAGAAGGCUGAGUUUAUUCCACAGCUGGAGUCUGAAGAUGAUACGAGCUACUUCGACACUCGCUCUGAAAGGUACCAUCACCUGGAGACGGAGGAAGACGAUACGAACGAUGAAGACUUCAACGUGGAGCUGCGGCAGUUCUCCUCGUGUUCUCACCGAUUCUCCAAGGUUUACAGCAGCUUGGAUUUGUCUCGUGGGCACCUGGAGGAGAAAGGAGAGACGGAGGAGAAGAAGAGCGAGAGCCCGCUGACUGUCGACUCUCUCAGCUGGACGCCAGACUUUGCUGAAAUGCCCUCGCUGUCCCACUCGACGGACACUGACAGUCUGAAUCAGGGCCCUCGCCCCAGUUUGCUACCAAAGUUUGCCAUCUCAGCUGAGAGCGAAGGAGACGAGACCUCUGGCCUCGGUGACCCCAGCAAGGCCUCCUUCUCCAUCGGGGAGCUCCCACAGGACGAACCCGACGCCACCACUCCUGGCAGCACUCACAGCGGCGCCACGCUCUCCGGUAGCUUCUCAGAACAUCUGGACCAGCUGACACCCAGAGGUGAGGGCGUGGAGAGCCCUGACAGCACCAGUCACACGUCCACCACAGACCAGGCGCCUCAGACCUCCACGCUGCGACCAGAGAGUGCUGCAGAGAAGCCUGGAGCUGUGGCGAAAGUCCCCAAGUCUGUGUCCACCGGUGCCCUUUCCCUUAUGAUCCCCGGGGAUAUCUUCGGGGUGUCUCCUCUCGCCAGCCCCCUCUCUCCAUACUCCCUCUCCUCAGACCCGUCCUCCAGAGACUCCUCCCCCAGCCGAGACUCCUCCCUCUGCACCACCAACCCGCGGCAGCCCGUCGUCAUUCACAGCUCUGGGAAGAAGUUUGGCUUCACGCUGAGGGCGAUCCGGGUGUACGCCUGUGACAGUGACAUCUACACUGUCUACCACAUGGUCUGGAAUGUAGAAGACGGCGGACCUGCACAUAAAGCUGGACUCAAAGCUGGAGACCUCAUCACUCAUGUGAACGGAGAACCAGUCCACGGCCUCGUCCACACCGAGGUGGUGGAGCUCCUGCUGAAGGUACCCAACAAAAGUGGCAGCAAAGUGGCCAUUUCCACCACCCCCUUUGAAAACACUUCUAUAAAAACGGGUCCCGCCAGGAGGAACAGCUACAGGAGCAAGAUGGUCCGAUGUGGCAAAAAGCCCAAGAAGGAGAAGACACCAGAAAGGUACAAAUCUUCCAAAGAAACUAAUAUGAUGCGGCGCUCCCUUUUCAGACGUUUUGCCAUGCAGCCUUCCCCUCUUCUGCACACGAGUCGCAGUUUCUCGUCUCUCAACCACUCCCUGUCAUCUGGUGAGAGUCUCCCUGGCUCCCCCACCCACAGUCUCUCCCCUCGUUCCCCUACCGCCGCCUUCCGCCCCGCUCCAGAUUUCACCCAGUCAGGAGGGAACUCUUCCCAGAGCAGCUCUCCCAGCUCCAGCGCUCCAAACUCCCCUGCAGGCUCAGGCCACAUCCGUCCCAGCACCCUGCACGGCCUCGGCCCCAAACUGCCCGGUCAAAGGCUCCGACAGGGGCGUCGCAAGUCCGCCGGCAGCAUUCCCCUCUCUCCUUUGGCCCGCACACCUUCACCUACCCCUCAGCCGACAUCUCCUCAGCGCUCACCCUCUCCCCUCCUCAGUGGACACUCGGUCGCAAUUUCCAAGACUACGCAAGCUUUCCCAGCCAAGAUACAUUCCCCACCCACAAUUGUGCGCCACAUUGUCCGCCCCAAAAGUGCUGAGCCGCCUCGUUCUCCCCUCCUGAAACGUGUGCAGUCUGAAGAGAAGCUGUCCCCCUCUUACACAGGAGAUAAGAAGCACCUGUGCUCCAGAAAACACAGCUUGGAAGUGACCCAGGAGGAGGUGCAGGAUGAGGAGCUGAGGGCCGGUGAGCGGGAUUACACCGUCCUGCAGAGUGUGGAUGAAUCAGCCUGCGAGCCGCUGGCAAUCACCCGCGUACGACCGGUCGAGCAGGGCUGCUUAAAGAGGCCCAUCAGUCGCAAGAUGGGCCGGCAGGAGUCUAUUGAGGAGCUCGACAAAGAAAAACUGAAGUCCAAGAUGGUGGUAAAGAGACAGGACUGGUCAGAGAGGAGGGAGUCUCUGCAGAAGCAAGACGCCCUGCAUGACGCUGACUCAUCGUCUUUGUGUGGCGAUGACAGGGAUGAAGGCUUUCUGAUCCGAAACCAAAACAAACCCCAGAGCAGCCCAGAGUCCAGCCCCUUAGAGGUCAAAGCUGUUAGCACAACACUUAAAGAUGUCUUGUAUAAAAAACUGACCACACGUGCGUCUGAGGGCAUCGCUGAACCUUCAGGUGGCAGCGGCGAAAGUGAAGGAGGACUCCGAUCUGCUCUCUGCUCCAUCCACCCAGAGUGGCAGCACUCACGGCAGGGGAAGGACAACAUGAAGCCAGACAGGUUGGACUUCAAAGCUCCCAGCAUCGAGUUCACUAGAAAGAGGCUGUCGUUCGAAGAGAGAGAAGACUGCAUGUGUCGGCUGUCCUCUGGCCUCCACGAGAACCUGCACUUCGGCUCCACCAGGUCGAAGAGCCUCCAGCUGGACACGGCCAUCACCCAUGAACACAUCAAGGCAGGACUGGGGAGCGUUCACUCCAGCCCUGAGGGUCUGGCCCCCAAGCUGUUCUCUGGGAGAGGAGAGAGCGCUGUGGAGAAACUCCAGCUCAUCUCCGCUGCAGAGUCUCCGCUCAGAAAGACAUCAUCAGAAUAUAAACUUGAAGGACGCCAUGUCUCCUCCCUGAAACCUCUGGAGGGCACCCUGGAUAUCGGUCUGCUCUCAGGGCCCCGAGUCUCCAAAACAGAAACUUGCUUGUCCAAAAUGGCAGAGAACACAAGCGACACUGUGUCUGUGAGUCCAGUUUGGCUCCAGAGCCCCACUGAGAGACAGAUAACCAUCCCCCAGCUAAAGGCUACAGACAAGAUAAAGAGCCCCCUGACUUAUUCCCUAAACCCUGAAGCUGUUUCUUCUCUAAAUAACAUCUCCAAAGAGCAGCCAAAAAAUGCAGCCACAGAAAUUAAAACCAGUGCAAGUGGUGAGAAAACACAAGAUAGACUCGGAGGAGAGUCAUUAAAGGGCUCAACCAGCAAAGUGGAGGCCUCAACAUUUAAACCAGAGAGCCGGACGGGCGUGAAAGCAAGUUCAUCACUGGCUCACGACCACAGAGGCCCUCGGCACAGCUCACACUUCUCCUCAUGUGGAAAAACACCCUCCAUACGGGAAGUGAGCAACGAAGAUCAGGAGGAUGAAGUGGAGCAACAGGAUGUCACACCAAGCACUACAUCACAGAGCACUGACAGCUCCAAGACAGUAGUCUCUUUGACUUCAGCAAAGCUGGAAGAUGACAUAAAAACCUUCCCUGCACCUACACAAGUAGAGCGUCCAGCUGCAGCUGCCAACGAGCCAUUACCUGUAGCACCGAGGCCAAGUGUAAACUCUGGUUUGGAUACAGGUCAGCUUCAGAGCUGUGAGAAAAGAAAAGCUGCCGCACAGAACUCAAACGUGACGUCUGUUUCUAAGGUGAAUGCACAGAAAGACUCUGCACAGGUUCCAGAGAAUGUGUUUUCAAAACAGCAACAGUUAAACAUCUGUUCUGCAAAUACACAACCCCAAGUUUCUAUCACAGCAUCAGCAGUUGGCUCCAUACGUGACAAUAAAUCCAGCAGCUUGAAAUCCGAACGGCAGGACUGCUGUGAAACAUCUGUUAGUAAGGACAAUGUGCAAUCUAACAGAGAUCCAGGCAGCAAGAAGGAAAUCAACACAUGUGCUACGGUUGCAAAAGUGGAGCAGCAGAGAGAAGUUUCUACAAAGAGCACAUCAUUAAAUAUCAUCACAGAAGUCACACUGAGCGUGAACAAAAAGGAUAACACUGUGUCUGCUGGUGCAAUAGAGGACAGCAGCAUAUUGCUGCAGAGUAAAGACGUUCCCAUAUCACCAAAGACAAAGAAUACAGGCAAUGUGAAAGAUUCAGAGCAGCUGUCAAAAAGCUAUCCAGCUGUAAAAGCACAACACAAGUCUUCUGAUUCAGAAAUUUGCACGUCUAAGAAAGAAGACACUGUUAUCAACACGAAAGAAGACACUGUGGUCCCUUCAGCUAAACUGAAAAGUUCAGCUUCAGCAGCUACAAAUGAAAAUGUUGUGAGUCCCAAGAGUAAGUCAAGGCCUGAUCCACAACCUGCACCACCCACGUCAGCGAGGUCAGACAAGGAGACAAAAACACUAGAAGUGAAAUCUCACAGCACAGCUCCUCCCGUCCCCGUCGUCAAGGGCAGUCCAAAUUCAAAACAGAGAGACCAGCCCAAGGAAUCGGCGCACGCAACAACUUCAAACGUUCAAUCAACCCAUGACGCUAAACGGAAAGAAGCCCCGCCGCCAUCGGCUGGAGCUGACAUAAAGCACCAAGAAUCUGGGCAGCCGACACAUUCGCCCACUAAUGCUGACGUGAAGCAAAGCAAAACCCAGCCCAAAGGUUCUGUAGCAAUUUCAACUCAUGCAGUAAAAGACAGCACAGACUCAAAGCCAAAAUCUGUCCCUCCUAAAUCUGUCACAUCGUCAACUCUAAAGCCGGCUGUAGCUCCAACACCAGUUAUUAAACAGAGUCUUGAUGCCAAACCUAAAGACUCCUCACCCAAAAACCAAGCGGCAGUCCUUAAAGACCAUCGUGACUCGAAACCAAAAGACGUUGCUUCACCUCAGCAGCAGCUCAGGAAGGAGACUCCGCCAGCAUCACAAGUUUCCUCUCAACCCGAUCCCCCCCCAGUGCUGCCGAAACCUGCGGUGAAAAAAGAAACGCAUUCACCGAGCAGCGGAGCCGCCUCAGGCAAAGUCUCCAGCUGCGAAUCCGUAGUCAAGGUGUCCAAGGACAGCCCCAAGUCCGAAGCACUCAAAUCGGACAGCCACAGGGCCCCAGAAACCAGAACCACCACCACCCCUGACAAGCAGACGCCCUCCGGCCGGAAAGAGCCAGCCGAGAGGAAGAAAAAAGAACCGGCUCAAGAGGUCACGUCUGCACAGAAAAACACAAAAAGGGACACAUCCAGGGCUUCUCCCUCUGCUCUCAAAGACAGCUCAGACAAAGACACCAGCAGGUGCAAGCAGCAGAAGGAGUCGCCUCGUAGUUCCAGCAACAAAAAGUAACAAGAGGGAAAAUAGCAGCCAACAUUACCGCUUCAGAGGUGUAAUAAAACGUUAGAAAUGAUUUGUGCGAGCAUCAUCAUGCCUUCUUUUUUUUGUUGUUGUUGUUUUUUUUGUUAGAGGACCGGGAAAGCUGUUACAUGCUGAUGUAGAGGAAGGUGUGUGCGUGUGUGUUUCAUAAGAUUAUUUACAUCGAUGUUUCUAGGUCUGAAUGUAGGCAACCGUGUGCUGAUCAUUUUCUCCUGUUUUACAUUAAGUGAAUGUUUGGACGAUUUUCUUUGUGUUCAUCGCAGAAUGCUUUGUGCAAUCAGUAUGUCAGGGGCAAUAGGGAGGAGCCUUACAGAGGUGGCGAUGUACUGUACAGUCAGUGCCAUAAACGAUUUUUGAAUUGCACUCUUACUUCUAGACUCGGAGGACCUGAUGUCGAAGUCUUUUAAUGCAGUAGACCACACAGCUCUGCUCAGCAACUUAGCAACUGUUGUAUUGUUUCUGUACAGUAUGAUCAGAUUGCUUUUCUGUUGGGUUUCUCGCAGUGGUACACAGAGGAAACGCACUAUGUCCUGUGCUUUUCACCUAAAAUAGAAUUUAAAAACAAUUACAGAAUCAUACUUUGGUUCUAGAAAUCAUAAAUUAGUGAAGGGGCCUUAGAUUUAUGGGAAAUAAAACUUGCUGUUCUUAGCAAGACGUGGUGUUUAUUCACAUUCCUCUGACAUCUGUACAUAUAUUUUUGAUUUUUAUGCAAUAUGGUGUAAAUAUGAUGACAUUGUACAACGGGGAUUCAUGGGCUUACAUGAUUGUUGUUUGUAUUAUAUGUAUAGAUUUUGCAGUGUCAUGUUUGUAUGCUCGAUAUUAAGAGUGUCACGUUCUGCUUGUGUGGUCUAAAGUAAGCUACUGCGACGUAUCUCAUCAAAGGUGUCCUCUUCUUUGUGACUUUUAACAUGUUUCCACAUGUUCCAAAAUUAACUUGAAGAGAGGCGAGAAGGCAUGAGGGGGUAACUGGGCUAUUUCUAAGAAAAAAACAAAAAAAAAAAUGUAGCAUUACAUAACAAAACUGUGAGGGCUGUCAGCGUUUCCCAAGAAUGUCUUUAUCGUUGACGGCGGCUAAGUAGAACGACGACUGUGUGAAAUCCAGAAUAUCGUGUUUGAUUAACGAGCUGAACCAGCCGGUAAUUACUGCAGUAGAUUUCUAAAAGGCGUCCUGUCGGGUUGUGUCCACACCGUGAUGUAUGAUCAAUCAUGUGAGGAAGACGAGCUGUUGUUGCAGUCAUGUGUUUGUGUUUGGAACUCGGAACGAGCAGCGAUCAGCUCAAAGCUUCACCUGGGCAAAGAUUUGACGAGGAAUCCUGAUUGUUUGUCCACAACAUGAAUUUGAUGUUGGUGUGCAAAUACUUGGUACUAUACAUAGAGGCUGUCAUAUAUCCACACUCACUUCUUGCUACUUACACACACCGACACACGUUUCUUUACUGUAGAUGCCUUUAAAUUGCAAAACCCUAAACGACGACCAGAAAGUAGCCUAGGACACUAGUAGUAUUUGCUCCGUUGUGCUGGCUAUAAAAAAAUGAAAAAAAAAGAAACAAUAAUCUUGUCUACUACAUAUAUGUUGAAGAGAAAACACUUCAUUUAACCUGACACAGCAUAUAUCUAAAUGUUCCUGUAUCUACGAAUGAAAGCGAAACACAAGAUUGACAGCAGAGAUUUUAAUGUUCUAAGAAUCUGAUGUUUACCUGCAUUAGAUAUUGUAAAUGUAUUGCUAAUGUAUUGUGAGAGAACAAAUGCACCUUAAUGUUUGCCAAUAUUCAGUUCAGAUGGUGAGUAAAGGAGGAUCUGAAACUGAAAGUGGUUUAUGAAUCCAACACUUUUGAUUUGAAUGAAUUUAUCAAACCGUGUAAACCCCCCCUCCCCCCUCCCCCCCCCCACACAUGCGUUUUAUUUCCUGUGACGAAAGACAUUUAAAUCCUCAAAGCACAUUCAAUGUUUGUUUACAAAGCAUCAUGGAUGUAUAUUUUGUAUAUUGUUGAUUUGCCAAAUCUAUGUUCUGUGUCACAGAUGAUGUUGUUUCUAGUCGUGUGAGACUCUGCUCCCUCGCCACCAGGAUGAUGUUUAAUAAGAACAUUUGUUUGUGCAGUAAUAAUGUCUUUACAUACGUCAGGUUCUUCUUUGUCUGCUUGUCUUUUCAGUUCAUUUUCUUUCUUCCUCUGUGCAAAACUAGUAUUAGAUGAACUUGCUUACGAUGGUUUGUCUUUUAGAAUAUGUGCAAUAAAAGUGUUUUGAGUUUUGUAUUUUGCCCAAGGAAAGCUCUAUGGAUGUCAUAGAUGUUGUAUAUUAAAACAGAUAUUUAUACUUCUAAUGUUGCGUAAUACUGAAAAUAAAAUGGAAUUAUAAAUUA